ACAAACAGCUGUCAAUAAAUAAAGAAGAAAAGAAAAAAGUUUUCUUUUUCGUAGAAAACACAAAAAAGUUGAAAAAUUAUUAGUUAUACAAAGAAAUAAAAACAAAAAAACAUAAAAAAUAAUAAAAAUUUAAAACAAUGAAUUGGUACAAGGGUAAUAUUGCUGAGGCCGUAGCCCAAUCUAAAAGCAAAAAUGCUAUCUUUGUAGUUUAUGUAGAAGGCAAAGAUGAGGCCACCAUUAAAUUGGGUAACUUUAUAAAUGACAAACGUAUACGUGAGAAAUUGGAAAGUGAUGAUUUUGUUUGCAUCAAAAUUGAAAGCGAAAGUGAGUCUUACAUGCAGUUUGCCAGUAUCUUUCAAAUUGUUCCCGUGCCCUCAAUAUUCUUUAUUGGUAAAGCCGGAACACCUUUGGAUAUAGCUACUGGUGUAGUAGCCAGUAUAGAGGAGUUGGAGGGCAAAAUUGGCAAAGUUUUGCAAUUGGCUGGUAAAACACCUGCAAAUGCUGCUUUAAAUGACUUUAUACAGGAAGAGGCCAAAGCUUCUAGUAGUUCAAAAGCUCAGAUAACUAAGGAAGAUGUAAAACAAGAGGAAACUACAGAAAGCAAACAAUCCUCUGAAGAAAUUGUGUGCAAAGAUGGCGUCUGCUAUAAGAAAUCCAAGGAAAUAGAACAAAAGGACGAGGAAAAAGAAGCUGUGGUAGUGGAGGGAGAGAAAGCCCAAACAAAUGCCUUGGAAGAAGAUAAAUUGGCUGAAACACGCAAAUAUUUGGAACAAAAAAGACGCGAACGUAUAGAAGAGGAAAAAAGAUUGGAAAAAGAACGUGAAUUACGACGACGCAAGGAGGGUAAAGAAAUGCAAAACCUAAGAGCCUGGCAAAAGGAUCAAGAACUGAAGGAAUUAAAGGAAAAUAUAAAACGUGAAAAACUAGAAGAACAGGCAGCAAGAGAACGUAUAAGAGCACAAAUUCAAGCCGAUAAAGCUGAAAGGGCUCACAAAUUUGCUGCUGAAAAUCAAGCCUCGACAUCUCAACAAGCUUCUACUAACUCUACAAAUAAAACUACUAACUCAUCGGCCGCCUCAGCAUCGGACGAGUCACGUUUACAGUUUCGCUUGGCCAGUGGUGUCAGUAAUAGUCAUAAUUUUAAAUGUGCCACUACUUUGGCCGAAAUACGUGAUUAUGUUACACGUGAACUAUUACCGGGAACCGGUAUUAAAGAAUUCACUUUGGCCACCACUUAUCCUAAGCGAGAAUUGACUAAUGAACAUAAUACUAAGACUCUUAUGGAACUUGAACUUUUUCCCAGUGCUGUCAUUUUAAUAAUAGGCAAAGAGGCCACUGGACCCACAGCUAUUAUAUCACGUAAUGGUGGUUUAUUGAAUAUGAUAUCGGUUAUGAUUAUGGCCAUAUUGAAUCCUAUAUUUUCAAUCUUCAACUCAGCCAAAAAUUGGCUGACCGGCAAGCGUAAUGACAGUACAACAACAGCACAAACAGGUGCCCAAAAAAGGGCCAGUGAGGAGCAAAAUGAUGUCUCCAAACGUCGUAAUCUUGAUCGAUUUUUAGCAGGAGGCGGUUCAGGCAACACCACCGGCAGUAGCAAUCAGGAACAGUCAGGUGAUUCAUCGCCUAGCACUAGCCAAGGUGGUGCUUAUCGUCGUUAUGUUGGUGGCUCGAACAUACAUCGUCUAUCGGAUAAUCGCAAAGAUUCCGAUGAUGAGAAUGCCACCUGGAAUGGCAAUUCCACACAGCAACAAUAAAAAGAAUAUAUUGCCUUUUAAUUGUCAUUGAAGAAAAGAACAGAGUUCUUGUGGUUUUCGUAGGUGUAUUUCUUAGUAUAUUAAAAUAAAACAGUCUUAUAUAUGUAUGUAUUUCAUUUAUUCUAAAUAUUUCUUUUCUUUUUUAAAUAUUUUCUCUCUUUGAAAAUUUAAUGUGAAAUUUUGUUAUUUAAUUUAUGUUAAAAUGGGUUUAAAAAUUAAAAUGUGUAUUUUAAUAAAAGAAAUCUAUUAAUUUGUAAAGUAUAACUAGCAUACAAUACAAUGAGAAAAAUAGAAAUUAGUAAGAAAAAUAUAUAUAAAAUUGAAAACUGUUAAAAAAAAAA